AUGUCAGAAACAGGAGAAGGAGGGCCAAAGACGGCUCCUACCACUACUGGUUCUACUUCCACUGCCAAACCAACUCCUCCAGUUAAGAAAGGUUAUUCAAAUCCUGCACUUAGAAUGAUGGGUAUUCCAAGAAUUUCAUUACCAUCAAGAAAUUGGAUGAUAUUCUGGACAGUAUUAGCUCUGAUUGGAGGUGGAAUUGCAUAUGAUAAAUAUCAACAGAAACAAAUUAGAAAGAAAUGGAUGAAUUCUGUGAGUGAAUUAAGUGAAGUUACGUAUACUACUAAUCAAUUACCAAGAAAAUUAACCAUUUAUAUUGCACCUCCACCAAAUGAUUUUCUUGAAGAAUCAUUGAUUGUAUUUAGAAAAUUUAUUAAACCAAUUUUAAAUGCUAGUGCUAUUGAUUUUGAAAUAUUUAGUGAAAGUAGACAAGGUGAUAUUAGAGCAUCUGUUGCUCAAAAGAUUAGAGAUUUAAGAAGAGCUGAAUUAGAAAAAUCCAAGGGAAAGCAAGUUCAACAACAAGAAUCAGAACCAAUACAAGAAGCUGCCUCAUCAUCUUCUUGGAAGAGUGCAGUUCCGAAUUUCGUCACUAAGAGCAUUCCAUCGUAUGGCAAGAGCGAACAAACGGAAGAACAACAACAAUCUCAAGGAGAUUUGCAACCUGAAGAAGUCAAACCGCGUUCAGAUCUAUACAAAGCAAAGGAUGUAAUGGGUUUAUAUAAAAUCUUCCCUAGUGAAAUAGAAAUAACACCAGAAGAUUCACAAGAUGAAGUCGCUGGUGGUGGUAUCAUUUGUAUUGGUAGAGGUGCAUAUAAAGAAUUUAUUACUGGUAUUCAUGAAGGUUUAUUAGGACCAUUAGAUAAACCUCCCAAAGUAAUUGAAGCAGAAGAAGCAAUAGCUGCUGAAAAACAAAAGGAAAGAGAAGAGAAAGAAAAGGAAGGUAAAUCAAUUGAAGAUGAUGAUGAAGAUGAAGAAGGUAAUAAAAACUUGAAUCCAGUUCCAUUGAAAUAUAUUAAUACUGCUGAUUAUGAAACUGAAGGUCAAUUAGCUCCUGAAUUAGAUUUGUCAGGAGUAUUAAAAGACAAGAAUGGUGUACCUUUAUUUUUUGAACAACCAGUUUAUGUAUUUCCAGUAUACAAUUUAAUGGGAUUUUCAAAUAUUCCACGUAAGAUUUAUAGAUAUUUCACUAGAAGAUAUUUAGCUGAUGAUUACGGUGAAAGAACAAUGGGAAUAGUUCUUAAGAAAACUAGACCGUUUGAAUAUAAGGAUAUUUUAAUGGCUAAAGAAGAAGAAUUUGAUUGGCCAAAGAAAUGGGUUGCUAAAGGGAAAGAACGUAAUUCUGAAUGGAUUCAAGAAUUACAAGGUGAUGAAAGAGUAACUACAAGAAUGAAAGUAUUUGAUCCAUCUAUUGAUAAGAAGUAG